AUGUCUUCCUCGGAAUUCCUCACCCCCUCCUUUGUGGGCGGCUGGGCUACGGUCCUCGCCAUCGCCGGCACCAUUGGCUACAACUACUACCAGAAGCAGAAGCCCGCCAGCGCGCCCUCCAAGACCACCCAGGUGCCUUGGAGCCCUCCCAAGAAGGGAAACCGCGCCAAGAAGCAGCGUCAGGAGGCCUACGCCACGGCCGCCCAGAACGCACCCCGUGAAGAGACACCACGUGACGACUCGGUUGUAACGAGCUCGAAGAAGAAAGAGCGUGACGAGGAUGCCGACAAUAAGGCGUUUGCGAGACAAAUGUCUGGCGUCCAGGAGGGCGUCAAGUUCACCGGCAAGAAGGCGGAUGCCGGCAAGAAGAGCAAUAAGCAGAAGUCGGUCAAGCAGAGCCUCGCUGCCGAGCCUUCUGAAGUCACCCAACCCAUUGAGCUGACGCCCGCCGUCCCCGAGCAGGCCCCUGCCGAGGAGUCAUCCUCUUCCAACGCCGAUGCCGAUGACGACCGCUCCCCUGUCGUCAAGGCUGCUGACGCCAGCGGCGUCAGCGACAUGCUCGAGCCCUCAGCUCCCGGCCCUUCCGUCCUCCGUCUCACCGACACGGACAAGCAGAAGUCCAAGCCCAAGGUCGCCAAGGCCGCUGAGCCCGUCGAGACAAAGAAGCAGCGCCAGAACCGCCGCAAGGUGGAGGAGCGCAAGGCCGUCCGUGAGGAGGAGGAGAGGCUGCGCAAGAUUGCCAUGGAGAAGCAGCGCCGCGGUGCCCGCGAGGCCGCCGGCAUCCCUGCCAAGGACGGUUCCCAGUUCAUGGCCGCCACCAACGGUGGCAAGUCUGCCUGGAAGGCCGGCAGCCCGCAGGAGGGCCAGAAGGAGACGAUUGACGUCCAGCCCCUCGACACCUUCGAGACGACGACCACCAACGGCACCGCCGCCAGCGUCGCUCCCGCGCAGAACAAGCAGACCGAUGGCUGGAAGGCCUCGGCCCUGUCCGAGGAGGAGCAGAUCGAGCUGAUCAAGGAGGAUGACGAGUGGGCCACCGUCCCCACCAAGUCGUCCAAGAAGGCCAAGAAGUCCCAGGGCAGCGACACGGAGGCCGCGCCCGCUCCCCCCAGCGCCCCCCCCAAGGAGGCCAGGCCCGUUCCCCAGCCCAUCGUCAACAAGACCAACUCGGCCAAGGCCAACCAGUCUUACGGCUCCUUCUCCGCUCUGUCUUCCAAGGUCGACGACAACGCCCAGGAGGAGGAGACCGAGUGGGACGUCUAA